GUCACCGCCGCUCCGCCGCAGCCCCAGCGCAGACGGAGCCGCCCGGUGCCGGUGCCGUCCCGGUGCCGCCGCCAUGCCCUCGGACCGGCCCUUCAAGCAGCGCCGCACCUUCGCGGAUCGUUGUAAAGAAGUGCAGCAGAUCCGAGAGCAGCAUCCAAACAAAAUCCCGGUCAUCAUCGAACGCUACAAAGGGGAGAAACAGCUGCCAGUGCUGGACAAGACCAAGUUCCUUGUCCCAGACCAUGUCAACAUGAGUGAAUUGGUCAAAAUAAUCCGGCGCCGCUUGCAGCUGAAUCCCACCCAGGCGUUCUUCCUGCUGGUGAACCAGCACAGCAUGGUCAGCGUGUCCACCCCCAUCUCAGAGAUCUAUGAGCAGGAGAAGGAUGAGGAUGGCUUCCUCUACAUGGUCUAUGCUUCCCAGGAGACCUUUGGCUUCUGAGGGUUGCUGAGAGGUGGCAUGUGGAGACAGAUGAACUGUGGCACAGAGGCCUCUGGCCUCGGAAGACAAUACAGCCAGAGGCUCACAAGAGGGGGGCUGUGCUGACCCCCUCCCUCCCUCCCUCCCUCCCUCCCUCCCUCUUCCCAUCACCCUGUCACCAAAGAGGCUCGUGGCGCGUGUUGGACUCGCACAACCCUUCCCCUCUCGGUGUAGGUCAGUCCCGCUCCCCGCAGGUGCCCGCCCAGGUGUGUGACACCCCCACCCCGCCGUGCAGACCCCACAGGGGUCCUGCCCCGUGUCCCCCCGUCCCCGCGCUGCUCUCGCUGUGCUGUGUGUGCUGUGCUGCUGCCAGACCCGCCGGGCCACCGUCACCCCAGCACAGGGAGAGCCACGUCUCCCCCAGGCACUCAUGAAAGGGCAGGAGGUCUGCAGAAGCAGCUGACAGAUGUUACCAUUGCUCCCGAGUUUUAAUUGAUUUUAAUUACACCCAUAUCAGAUUCUUGGUGCUACUGAGUAGAUGUAGGCGUCUCUAUAGGACUGUGGAUAAUGUAUAUCCUUUAGGUUUAUUUUAUUGGUUUGUUCGGUUGGUUUUGUUUGGUUUGUUUUUGUUUUUUUUUUUUUUAGGGGUAGAUUGAAAUGGGGAGAGGGGGAAACUUUCCUGUAUUCUGUAGGUAAAUAAAUCAGGCUUCGUUGCACUUUAAAGCAUAGUAGAUUCAGAGUGGAAUUUUCUUUUAAUUUAUACAGGUUUGCCAUCUAUAGUGCUGCUCCUCUGUUGACAGUUGUAUGUAGAUUAUCUUGUUUCUUUUUUUCUAAUAAAAUUGAUUUCCCUUC